AUGAAAAUCUCAACACUGCAAGUUCGCUCCGAUGAACCUAUUGCCACGUGGUACCACGUAGCUUCGGGUAAUUCGUUCAGUGACGUGGCAAUGGGAGGACGGGCGGUUUUCGAUUUAUUAAAAGAGCCCGAAAUCCAAAAUUCAAAACGUGUGACAAUUGCUACGUCAUCGAAAAAUAUUCAAGUGAUCGCCAGAGAGAAGUUGACAAAAUGCCUGAAUCUGAGAAUCGAAUUUAGCAGUUUUCUAGGGAAUUAUCAUCAAUUAUCACAGGAAAUCUUCGAAAUUUCACGUGAAAACCGUCCAAUUGGCGCAAUUAUCGACUACUAUGUUCAUGACUAUUUCAACACUAAAUUAUACCCGAAUUUCGCAAAAAUCGUGGCUGAUCUCAAAGCGAAACGGACGAAAAUUGGCAGGAUAAAUGCAAUAACGAUUCCAAUGGAGAGCGACGCCGAAUUGAAUGUAUUCAUAGUUCCAGAAGACGAAGAGAGAAUUAAAAAUACGUGGAUUCUAAGGAUGGCAGUGAUGGAAAAAAGAAGAAAUGCUGACUAA